AUGCUCUUCAAAUAUCUUCCUGUUUUGGCUUCAUUUCUCAUUCUCAACCUCGAUCGUGUAUCCGGGGAAGCAGAAACGGCGAACGGUCCAGUUGAGUUCGUGUGGCCAGAGCAACGUACUUGGUAUGCUGCGUGGCAAAAUAACAGUCCCUGUGGAAGAAAUGAUGGAACGGUUGGGAACCGCACAGAUUUUCCUUUGGACUCAGGGAAAGUUGCACUUGUGGCAUCCGGAGAAACCUGGGAUGUCGUUGUUCGCAUAGCAUAUAUGGACAAGCCAACCACUCAAUCGGAUUUUACUACCCAGAUUUUACAUACAGUCUCCGAACUUGAGGCCGGACAUCAGUGUUACACCACACCAGACUCUCCAUCCGAUAUUGAAGCUGGUACAAACGCGACAAUCCAGCUUGAAUAUACCUCAACAUACGAUGGGAGUGGGAACGAAACAUUUUAUGCUUGUGCAGAUAUUACUUUCAUAAAAGAGAGUGAUUUUACUACAAGCGUCUCCUGUUUCAACGCUACUGUCACUGGUCCCUCUACCGAGGGCAUUGCGAGCUCUGUCGCAACAUCAGCUGCAACUUCUACAGCGACAGCUUCGUCGUCUACUACCUCAGACUCGUCAUCGUCGGGUUCUAGUGGGCUGUCUAAAUCAGCUGUUGCUGGUGUUGCAGUCGGUUGUAUUGCGGGUGGUCUAGCUUUGGUUGGACUUGCUGUAUUCUUGUUGAUAAAGAAAUGCUCGUAUAACCCUCGAUUCAGAGGAAGAGAAAGUGUCGAAAGCGUUAGAUUGAGUACGAUUGAUGAUAAGAUCACACUGCAGAAGAGCUCGGUAUAG